AUGUUCCAGCCCGCGGCGGCGGCGGCCAAGCGCUGCUUCACCAUCGAGUCCCUUGUGGGCAAGGACAAUAGCCACCCGCUGGCAGAGGAUUCUCUCCGUCCCGCCGCCGCCGCCGCCGCUGCCGCCGCCGCCCUCGGAUACCCGGCCAGCGCCGCCGUCGAGGCCUUCGCCCACGGCUUCCAGGGCUCGGCUGCCGCCGGGCGUUCGCUCUACGGCGGCCCGGAGCUGCUCUUCCCGGAGGCCGUGAGCCACCCACCUGCCCUGGCCGUCCACCCGCCGCAGCUGGCCUCUUCGCACCUGCCCCCCUCGCCGCACCCCUUCUUCGGCCCGCAGUCGCGCGAUCCGCUCAACUUCUACCCCUGGGUGCUGCGGAACCGUUUCUUCGGGCACCGCUUCCAAGGCGGCGAAGUGUCCCAGGAGAACCUGCUCUUGCACGGGCCCUUCGCCCGGAAGCCGAAGCGCAUCCGCACCGCCUUCUCGCCCUCGCAGCUGCUGCGGCUGGAGCGCGCCUUCGAGAAGAACCACUACGUGGUGGGCGCCGAGCGCAAGCAGCUGGCCGGCAGCCUCAGCCUCUCCGAGACCCAGGUGAAGGUCUGGUUUCAAAACAGAAGGACCAAAUACAAAAGGCAGAAACUGGAAGAAGAAGGUCCCGAAUCCGAUCAAAAGAAAAAGGGAUCCCACCACAUCAACCGAUGGCGGAUCGCCACCAAGCAGUCCAACACGGAGGACAUUGAUGUCACGUCCAACGACUAG